AUGCGCAAUCUUAGCCUUUUCCUAACCGCGGGCGUUCUGGCGGUGCAAGUCGCCGGCAGCAGCUGGCUCCCGGGUCAGCGCGCAGUGUAUAACAAGUGGCACGAGACCGAGCUUGAGAGGUGGCUUUCUGACCACGGCAUUCCGCACCCCAAGCCGGCGGACCGAAAAGACAUUGAGGAUCUCGUCGAGAAGAACUGGAACGACUACGUUGUCGAGCCCUACCGCAAAUGGAGCCCUUCGGAGCUCAGCGCUUUCCUUGUCGCUCGAGGCAAGGAUGCCAAGGCAGGUGCUGAUGAGACUGUCGAUAGUCUGAUCGAGAGCGUCAAGGCCAACUGCCAGCUCAAGGCGCUUUGUGAUAAGCAGGGCAUUCCUGUUCCUGCCACCAGCAACCGCGAUGCCCUCCUCGCCAAGGCCCGCCGCGGCUUUGAGGUCGGCUCCAAGGCGGCAGGCGAGACUCUCUCCUACCCCGGCGACUGGCUCUACGAAUCUUGGUCGGACUCUGAUUUCAAAAAGUGGCUUGACACCAAUGGCAUUCCCGCUCCCCAGCGCUCCAACCGUAAUGCCCUGGUUGCUGCCGUUCGCCGCAACUCUCACCUUGCCUACCUCAAGGCCCAGGAACAAGAGUCCAAAGCUCGCGCCCAGGCCAAGUCUGCCUAUGCCAAGGUCACCGAUCAAGUGAUUGAUGCUUGGAGCGAGUCCGACUUGAAGAAAUUUGCGGAUGAGAACGGCAUCUCGGUUCCCCAGGGCACCAGACUCAACGAGUUCCGCGCCGCCGUUCGCCAGCACCGUGCCGAGAUUAUGGGCACUGACGUGCACGGCAAGGCCUCCAAGGCUUUCGGCGCUGCCACCACCCGCGCCAGCAACGAGUAUGCCAAGGCUAGCGAGGACGCCACCCUGAUCGCCCAGAAGGCCUUUGAAGAUGCUUCCAACACUUGGUCCGAAAGUCGCCUCAAGUCCUACUUGGAUGCUCGCGGCAUUCCUGUACCCCAAAACUCGAACCUUGACAGCCUCCGCGCCCUGGCGCGCAAGCACUCGCACAAGGCUGCCUCCGGCUGGACGGCCUGGACCUUUGAUGACUUUGACAAGGCGACCCUACAGAAGUACCUGCAGAAGCACGGCGACAAGGCUGCCAAGGCUGCCGCGAAGAAGACCGAUGCCACUCGCGACGAGCUUGUCAAGACUGCCCAGUCUGCCUACGCUAAGGCCGAGAAGAAGGGUGGUGAGGAGUACGAGGCGGCCAAGAAGUACGGUACAGAGCUCAGUAACGAGGCCAAGGACAAGAUCUUCGAGGCAUGGUCCGAGUCGGAUAUGAAGGCGUACCUCGAUAGCUACGGUGUCCCUGUUCCUCAGGGCUCCAAGCUGGAUGAGCUGAAGGCGCUCGCCCGCAAGCAGUGGACCUACUUCAAGUACGGCACGACGACACCCCAGGGCACCCUUCUCGCCCAGGUUGAGGACGUCCUCGCCAACGGCCUGAGCUGGCUCCAGAAGCAGAUCCGUGUCGGCUCCGAGGCUGCUAAGGAGAAGGCUGGCGAAGCUGAUGCUGCUGCUCGCAAGAAGGCCGCGAAGGUGCAGGAGGAACUGUAG